CUAAUUUAGCUAGCCACUUGACGGAGCACACUCGUGUGGAUUUGUUCAAUGAAGUCUAAGUGAAAGUGAUCCGGACAAGAGUAGCUAGCUAGCUAACGUUCAAGGCGUCAAGUGUCUUAAACAUUGUUUCAAAUAUUGCCUGAAAGUUUAGCAAGCUAAUAAAUCGAGAUAUUGCCUAAUUUUGGAUCGAAUAUCGGAUGCAAAUUUACUGUAAUCUCCGGACCAGCAAGCUGCUGAGAAGCAAGUGUCGUUAGCCAGUUACCUAAUUUAGUUAGCAUCAACUACUGAACAUUCUCCACCUAUGUUUCGGAACAUCGAUAUUCAUUGUGCAUUUUCCCGGAGGAUUACAAUUGCAGAAAUGUCGACCGUUGCUUUUAGUUGAAUUAUUUUCAUAGCGUUUUAGCAACUGUAUCAACUCUGCCUCUCCAGCUCCGACCGUGGCUGGCUGGCUAGCUAAGCUAGUUAUCCAGCCUGCCGUGCCACCCGCUGUGCACUUCCCCCACUCACCUCCUUCUCCAGCCGGGUAGCUUUAGCUAGCCCGCUAAGUAAAAUGAGACCAGCAUCAACUAUUUAACUGUGUAGCCUGCUGCAAAAUGGAUUGUAAUCUGAUGUAUGAAGACACAACCAUCACAUUGUAAGGUCUCUGUCAAGGAGAUCAGCAGAGGGGAUGGACAAGCCGAAAUCAAACUGCGAAGAAAAUGUCUCUGAACCGACAGCUGAUGAAAGCGCCCCUGCAGAGCAGCCAGUCCCCUCAGAGGGGGAGUCAGAGGCCCCUUCUGCUGCAGAGGACACGUCGGACACUGCUGCCGCCACUUCCAACACACAUGUGGAGAGCAGCGUGAGGGCCUGUGCUCUCUGCAACUGCGUGGAGCGCAGCUUGCACGGACAACGGGAACUCCGACAUUUUGGGCCAUCUUCCUCCCGGCCGGCCCUAGAGCCCGCAGCUUCAUCACUGCCAGGGCCUGGGAGCGAUGACCUGUCUUCCAUCGGAUUCUCCAACUCCGACGCAUCCUGUCUGGCAGCACAGUUGGAGGACACAGGGGGUUGCUGGGUGCAUCACUGGUGUGCGCUGUGGUCAGAUGGAGUGAAGCAGGCGGAGGAGGCUGAGGAGGUGCUGGAGAAUGUGGACAAGGCCGUUAUCUCAGGGACACAGCGGCUGUGUGAAUAUUGCAAGCGUCUGGGUGCUACCAUCCGCUGCCAUGCUGAGGGCUGCUCACGGUUCUACCACUUCCCCUGCUCUGCUGCCAGUGGCUCCUUUCAGUCCAUGAAGCUCCUGGCUCUCCUCUGUCCAGAGCACAUAGACAAGGCUGAGGAGAUGGCGGGUGAGGAGGCGCGCUGCACCGUCUGUGACUCUGCCGGGGAGCUGCUGGACCUACUGUUCUGUACGGGCUGUGGGCAGCACUACCACGCCGCCUGUCUGGAGAUCAGCGCCACACCCAUACAGAGAUCAGGGUGGCAGUGCCCAGAGUGUAAAGUGUGCCAGACAUGCAGGCAACCAGGGGAAGACUCCGUGAUGUUAGUAUGUGAUGCCUGCGAUAAGGGCUACCACACCUUCUGUCUCCAGCCAGCCAUGGUCUCUCUUCCCUCCGACACAUGGAAGUGCAGAAGGUGUCGGGUGUGUACGGACUGUGGUGCUAAUGGUCUGACGCAGCCCGGCUCGGCCCAGUGGUUUGACAACUAUGCCGUGUGUGAGGGUUGCCAACGUACCCGCAGUUCUACGUGUGGCGUCUGCGGCAAAGCCUCGGAACCACCCGUCACGCUGCCGCGUUGUAUCACCUGCAACAGGUGGGUGCACAGUGAGUGCUCCUCUGCGUCGGAGCCACCUGAGGAAAAGUGCACCUGUUCGCUCUGCCGAGACCGUGAGCCUGCGCCAGCCCCUGUCACACAGACUGACGGACAGACGGACACAAUGGAGAUGCAGCCCACAGAGACGGGGUCGGAGGUGACGAUAGAAGGACAAACGGAUACCGUUGCCGAGAUGACGAUCCAGACGGACGCAGCAGCUGAAGUUCCGGUGGAAAGGCAGGCGGACGUGUCUGAGGAGGUGACGAUAGAACAGGCGGAGACCAAGACGGACAAGGAGGUGCCCAUGGAGCUGGGGACGGAGGCUAAAGUGGUAGAAACGAAUGAGAGCACCAUGGAGGCGGGGCCUCAAAUGGAGGAAGUCCCUGCAGAACAGCCCAUGGUCCAGGCUGAGGUUAUAGAAGAAUGUCAAACAACCGAACAACAGGAGGCUCCUAGUUUACCUGUCGCUGUUGCGGAAGAGAGAAAAGAGGAUGCUUCCAACCAGAUGCCACAUCCCCAGGUCAGCUAUGUCCCUAUCCUUGAGUCUCCGGAGUCACCAGAACAGCAACCGCCACAGUCACCAGAACCAGCACCAGUAGUGCAGGUCGGCCCUGAUCACAGAAAGGAGAAGGAUAGGGAGGAGGUCAAGCCCUCAACAGAGCAGCAGGCCACACAGGAGGAGAAGAUAAGGGGUGAGGGCAUGUCUACCACCAAGCCAUCCAUUCGGGACUCGCCAGAGUCACCGACCCCUCCCAUUUCCAUGCAAGAGGCGGAGCAUGUUUCCAUGGACACAGAUGAGGCCGGGCUAAAGGAGGAACGCUCAGGGUCUCCCAUUCCUCCUGCUCCUCAGGCCGACACACAGGAGGCUGCUCCUUCUACUGUGGACAUGGAGGACAGGGGGACUCACUCUGAGGAGGAGGAGGAGUUUGUAGAAGAAGAGGAGGAGCAGCAGGGGAAGGAGGCAGGCGGAGAAGGUCAUCAUAGUCAUCACAGAAGGGUCAAGAUCAAGCAGGAGCCCCAGGACCCCACGGAGGAGCAGGAGGAGACGAAGCCUGAUCAACUCCUCCUAGAUGAGAUGUCCAACCAGAGCCACCAGAGUCCCGGGGACGAGAGCAGCUCUGGCUUCCUUGGCUCCCCGGCCGAGAACGAGGCUGAGGCGGAGCCUGACGCACAGCUGUCCAUGGAGCUUAGCCUGAUGCCCACCGGCCGCUCGCGUUCCGACUCCCUGCUCACUGAGACGGACGACUCGCUGCCCUUUGACCCCCUCAAACCAGACGGGGAGAAGAAGAGGAGAGGCUCUCCGGGGCGCUCCCGGGUCAAACAGGGGCGGGGCAGCAGCAGUUUCCCGGGGAAGCGGCGCCCUCGCGGUGGUGGUGGUGGUGGCAGGGGCCGUGGCGGAAGGAACCGCCUCAAAGCCAUGGCCUCCUGCAUCGACGCCUUCCUGCUGAGCAUGACAGCAGCAGACACUGGACUGAGUAAGGAGGAGGAGGAGGGGGAGGAAGAUGAGGCUAUGCAGAACACGGUGGUGCUCUUCUCCAACACCGAUAAAUUUGUCCUGCUUCAGGACAUGUGUGUGGUGUGUGGCAGUUUUGGGAAGGGUGUGGAGGGGCAGCUGCUGGCAUGUGCUCAGUGUGCUCAGUGUUACCAUCCGUACUGUGUGAACAGCAAAAUGACUAAGAUGAUGCUGCGUAAGGGCUGGCGUUGUCUGGAAUGUAUCGUGUGUGAGGUGUGCGGCAAGGCCUCGGACCCGGCCCGCCUGCUGCUGUGUGACGACUGUGACGUCAGCUACCACACCUACUGCCUGGACCCGCCCCUACACACUGUACCCAAGGGGGGAUGGAAAUGCAAAUGGUGUGUGAGCUGUAUGCAGUGUGGUGCCAGCAGCCCGGGGUUCCACUGUGAGUGGCAGAACAACUACACCCACUGUGGCCCCUGUGCCAGCCUGGUCACCUGCCCUGUCUGCAGGGAGAACUUCAUGGAGGAGGAGCUGCUGCUGCAGUGCCAACACUGUGACAGAUGGGUGCACGCGGUGUGUGAGAGUCUGUACACUGAGGACGAGGUGGAGCAAGCUUCUGAUGAGGGCUUUGCCUGCACCUCCUGCACUCCCUACGUCCCCAAACCCAUAGUAACAGUGGAUACGACCUACAUGUCAGCCAUGAAGAUAAAAGAACCAGAGCGUCAGUUCUACCGGUUGGAGGGAGUGUGGCUGACCGAGACGGGCAUGUCCCUGCUGCGUAGCAUUUCUAUGUCUCCCCUACACAAGAGACGUCAGCGGCGUUCCCGCCUGGAUAUGCUGUGUGGCGACGGGGGGCAUGACGGCAUUGAGCUACGAGACGGCGAGGGAGACGGGGACGAGGGAAAAGGCUGUGGGGAGCCCAUGGAAUGUGAGACCGGAGCCCCUGGUGUAAAACAGGAGCCUCCAGGGAGCCCAGACAGAGAGCUGGGAGCAGAAGGAGGUGGUGAGGGGAUGGAGGAGGGCCUCCUCAAAGGAGGAGUAGAGGAGACUGACGAGGGGAAGAAGAGGAAGAGGAAACCCUACAGACCAGGGAUCGGUGGCUUCAUGGUGCGCCAGAGGAAGUGUCACACGCGGAUGAAGAAAGGUCUGUUCCCCCAUCUGUCUCAUCUGGCUGGAGACGGGACAAUUACUACAGAUGGACGGACGGGAGAGAAACUAGCCCUAGAGGAAGGGCCCCACCCAGACACACCUAUAGAUGGCGCCCCGGAGACUAAGCCAGCUGAGGGAGAGGGGGAGCAGGCCAAGAAACGACGAGGCAGGAAGAAGAGCAAACUGGAGGACAUGUUCCCAGCUUACCUGCAGGAGGCGUUCUUUGGUAAACAACUGAUGGACCUGAGUAAGAAGGCUCUCCUGGUUCCCCCAGGACCGAGGCAUCAUGGUGCCGUGGGUCUCCUCCGACCUCCACUGCCCCAUGCACCUGGGGACAGACCCACCGCACCUGACGCAACGGAGGCCAGGGAGCGAGCGAUGGGGUCUGGGAUGCACCUGAAGCAGGAGGGGGGUGAAGGAUCCCAGGCUCAGGGCGAGGGAGCAGGGUCGUCUUCGUCCGUUAAAGAACCGAGUUCGACGGACCCUCAAGGCUCCGACACGGAGAAGAAUGAAGGUCUCCCUCAGGGCAUGGAGAGUCAGGACUCUGAGCAGUUCUUCAGGAAGGUCCUGGGAACGUCAGAGGGGGCCUCUUUAGGAGGGUCGCUACAGAGCAGCAUGAUGCCCAUCCUGGAGGGAGUCAAGGGGGAGAUGAACCGCAGUGGUCUGCCACAGAGGAGCCUCCUCACUGGGUCACUGCCCUCAGCUGGUGUGAUGGAGUCCUUCCCUGGACUCUCUCAGUCUCCGUUCUUCGACAUGCGGGACCGGGCAGGUCUGUUCAGUCCAGACGGGGGAGAGGAGAGCCCAUGGGCAACCCCCUCCACCCCUGCCACACCCUCCACUCCCCCUACCCCCGGCGAGGCAGAUGGAGACGGGCUGUCCUAUAACCAGCGCAGCCUCCAGCGCUGGGAGAAGGACGAGGAGCUAAGAGAGAUGUCCACCAUCUCCCCUGUACUCUACGCAAACACAAACUUCCCCACUCUCAGAAGGGACUACCCAGACUGGUCCAGUCGCUGUAAACAGAUCAUGAAGAUCUGGAGGAAGGUUUCAGCUGCAGACAAGGUUCCUUUUCUGCAAAAGGCCAAAGACAACAGAGCAGCUCAGCGGAUCAACAAGGCACAGAAGCAGGCAGAGAGCCAGGUGUGUCGGCCCAUCAAGACAGAGGAUGAUGGUAGUGUUCGGGUCAAAGGGGAACGUCCAAGCCUGCACCUCCAGAUCCCGCCACCCUCAGGUUCUGUCUCCAACCCCUCCCAGCCCAGCUCGGCAGAGAGCCCCUUCCCCUUCCACCCCGACUUGGGUUCCUCUUCGGUUUUCUUCCCCGACGGUCCUCUCAAGACCCCAAGCUCGGCAUCGGCAGAUAUGAGGACAGAUCCCUUUGCCAAGCAGCCUCCCCAGUCCCCCCACCCCUCUCACCACUCCCACCCCUCCACCCCAUACUCCUCCCACCAGGCCGCCUCCAGCCCCAUGCAGGGCCAGGCCUCUUCCUCAGGUUACCUCCAUCCUGUCCCGCAGGGCCCUCUUCAGGGACGGCCGGCCAGCCUCGGCCCCUUCGACAUGCACCCAGGGACUCCCCGGCGGGCCCAGCAGGUGGACCCAUUUUUCAGGCCACAACAACAGAUCCAGUGUCACCUGCCCCAGUCACAGCAGGGCUCUCAGGAGCACCUAGGCCCCCCAGAAAGCCCUCGGUCCAGGGGUGGAGGGCCUGGGGACUCCCCUCUCUUCUCCCCGCCCCACACCACCCACUAUGGAGACCCGUUUCGAGGCCAGCAGCAGGGGAUGGGGCGUCCAGAAUACGGUUCCUCCCCCUCCCAUGUGUCCUCACCUGCCGGGAUGGGACAGUACAGGGCUGAUAUGAGUGGGGGACCCUCUCCCCGCUCCUCCUCCACGGGACGCCAGGACCUGAGUAACACGGGCUCCCCUGCAGGGAUGCUGGACUCUGGGGAUGGCUUGUUCAAGGCUCCCAUGACGCCCCGGAUGCACCAAGGGGACAGCGGGGUGGUACUCCACCCUGGAGCCUCACCCAACCACCACUCUGAGGGCUACCGCCAGUCCCCCUCUACCCCGUUUCAGGACCCCUAUGCCCAGCCUCCUCUCACCCCCAGACCCCAGUCUGGGGAUAGCUGCUCCCCCCUCCCCCAGAGGCAUCCCCAGGCCCAACAGGAGUCCUGCCCCAGGGUCCCCUCCAGCCCUCAGUCCCAAGGCAGCUCCCAGUCUCCCCUCACUCCUGGAGCCCUCUCCAACGAUGCAUUCUCUGUCCAGUCCCCGGCAUCCAACUCGCGCUUCCAGUCGCCUGACCCCUACUCCCAGCCGCCCUCGCGCCCCCAGUCCAGGGACCCCUUUUCUGCUUUGCACAAGCCCCCCCGGCCCACCUCCGCUGUUCCAGAGGGCACCCCAAGCUACAGAGGCUCACCUCACCCCAACCAGUCUCCUUCACUCCCCAUGUCCUCCACCCCUGUCGGGGACCCUCUCUCUGGGAAGCCCUCUGGGCCGCCUGGGUUCAGCCGGGGCCCCAACAUGGCCUAUCAGAUGGCCCAGCAGCAACAGCAACAACUCCUCCAGCAGCAGCAACAACAACAACAACAACAACAACAACAGCAGCUUCAGCAGCAGCAGCAGCAACAACAACAACAGCAGCUCCAGCAGCAGCAACAGCCCCAGACUCAGGCCAUGGGUUCCAACUUCCACUCCAGGAUGCCCCCCCAGCAGGACCCCACAGCCCCCCAACCCCCGGAUGCACCUCAAACCCAGGGGACUAUGUCCGGUGCCCAGGAGAUGCCUGACAUGUCAACGGUUCAGGAUCCUUCACUACUGGACCUUAGCCCCUCUGAGCUGGAGAAGCAGAGACAGCGACAGAAACUGAGGGAGUUGUUGAUCCGACAGCAGAUGCAGCGAAACUCAAUCCGGCAAGAGAAAGAGGCUGCAGCAGCCAGCAGUGCUGCCCCCUGUUGGCCUGGAGGUGACAUGGCAGCCUAUCAGCAAGACAAAGCCCGCCGUGCUCCACCACCCUACCCACAGGACCGUGCUGCUGCUGGUGCCCAGGCAGCAUUGGCAGGGAAGAUGGAUGGUGGCCGCCUCCCACCCACAGGAACCCCUGCCAUGAUGGACCCCAACCAGCUCAGACAACCAGGGCCCCCCAACCCCCAGGGCAUGUAUGGUCGACCUCCGUUCCCUGGCCAGUGGCAGCAGAGCCCGGGUCCCCGUCGGUUCCCCCAGCCUGGCAUAGAGGGUGUGGGCCCCAGGCACAACCUCAACUCCCCCCUCAACAUGCCGCCCGGCAUGGACCCCGGAGGACCCCCACCACAGUUCAUUGAGCUGAGGCACAACUCUCAGAGGCUGCCCCUGGGGACCCAGUUUCUCCAACGUGGGCCCCAGCAACGGCCACGUCUAUAUAUCCCCCAGCAGCAGGAAAUGGCCCCCGGACAGUUUAUUCAUCAUCCAAUGCCUCAGGGUAUGGACUCUCAGACAGAGGGGGUUAGAGACUCACGGCUGGGGCUACAGCAGGGUGGUAUGAGUCUAUUACUGCCACAGCAGAGCACUGGCCCCUCACAGCAGCAACCCCAUCUCCAGCCCCACACAGGCACUUCCCAGACCGCUAACGCUCCCAGUUCUCACUCUGGGCAGCAGCAGCACCAGCCUUCCCAGGACUCCACAGAGUCCCAGGCUGGAGCUUCAGGGGACCCUAAUGUUGAUCUCCCCGAGCCCGACCUGGAGGAUCCGUUUGCCCCCAAAAGGCUAGGGAAUGCCCCCGGGGAUGGAGGAAUGGAAGAUGAGGAUGACCUGGCUCUAGAUCUAGACCCUGAUAAGGGUGACGACGACCUGGGUAACCUUGACAACCUGGAAACCACAGAUCCGCACCUAGACGACUUACUCAACAGUGACGAGUUUGACCUGCUGGCUUAUACGGACCCUGAGCUGGACCAAGGGGACCCCAAGGAUGUGUUCUCGGACCAGCUGCGGUUGGUGGAAGCAGAGGGUGAAACACCAGGUACCUCUGGAGCUCAGGACAUCAAAGUGGAACAGAAACCAAAAGUGGAGGAAAACCCCAUCUCAAACACGGGGGGCUCCACGUUGUCCACAACACCCCAUCCCUCCUCCUCGGAGUCUGCCGACACCUCCAGGAUAAAGCUGGAGCCAGGCCAAGCGGUGGUGAAGGAUGAGAUGGGAGAAGCAGUCUCCAUGCUCCUUCAAACAAACAAAUCCUCCACUCAAUCAGAGAACCAGGGUGCCUCUCUGAGCUCUGUGCGGUUAGGGGGGCUCCCAUACCCUCUUCCUGGUCAGGCUGACUCCUUAUCCUCUCUGGGGGAGGACCCUUUGGGGCUGCCCGAUGGAGGGGGACAGCACUCCCCAGCCGUGGAUCUAGACAAAGUCGAGAGCUCUCUGGAAGCCAGCGAGCUUCCCUUGCUGAUCCAGGACCUGCUGGAGCACGAGAAGAAGGAGCUCCAGAAACAGCAGCAACAGCAGCAGCUCAGCUCACUCCACCAGGGGGCAAUGAGGGCUCACAUGGGAGGCCACCCCAACCACCAGGGCGGUCCUGGACAUAUCAUGCUGACCCAGCACCACCGCCCCCAACCCCAGAGUAUGAUGGGACAGCCAGGUAUGGUGCCACGCCCUCCACACCUCCUGCAGCAGCAAAGGAUCAUGGGACAACCUGGGAUGACGCCACAGCACAUGGCUGCCAUGGCUCAGCAACAAGGCAUGAUGAGGAUGGGGCAUCCUGGGGGAAUUCACCCAGGACUCAACCCACAGCAGCAGCAACAACAGAUUAAACAGUCAACUCUGGCUGACAACUUCUUCCCUGAUAAAGAUCUAGACAAGUUUGUGACUGACGACGUCAUGGAUCCCAUCGCCAAGGCAAAGAUGGUGGCACUGAAGGGCAUCAAGAGAGUGUUGGCACAGGACCCAAUGGGGGUACCCUCUGGAAUCAACAGACAACAGGUCUCUCUGUUGGCCCAGAGACUAGCGUCGGCACCGGGAACAGGAGAUCCACAGGGUCAACUCGCAUCUGGCCCAUCUAAGGAAGGGGAAUGCAGUGACCCAAUACAAUCGAGACCCAACCCUCCCCAGUUUGUACAAGGGAUCAUCAAUGAUGCAGAGCAGCAUCAGUAUGAAGAGUGGCUCCUGCACACCCAGCAGCUGCUGCAGAUGCAGCUCAAGUUCCUGGAGGAGCAGAUCGGAGCCCACCGCAAGUCCCGCAAGGCUCUGUGUGCCAAGCAGCGCACUGCCAAAAAGGCAGGCCGUGAUUUCGCCGAGGCUGACGCAGAGAAACUCAAAUUGGUCACAGAGGAGCAGGGCAAGAUCCAGAAACAACUGGACCAGGUGCGAAAGCAGCAGAAGGAACACACCAACCUGAUUGCAGAGUACAGGAGCAAGCAGCAGCAGCACCAGCAGGGCUCUAGUCUCCUGGCCCCAGGGCCCUCCACCCAGGGGACCCACUUGCUCUCCAAGAUGCCCGGGCAGAUGAUGAUGGGUCAGCAAGGAGGUAUGCCCGUCAGAAUUCCCCCACAGGGGCAGCCUUUCCUAGGAGGAGGCCAGCACCCUGGAGCUCUGGGAGUCAGAUCCCCUGGUCCUCCUGGUGGUCCUCCUGCAGGGUUCUUCCCCCAGGGUCCAGGAGGAGUCCAAGGGGCAGACCAAAGACUUCUCCAGGAGAGACAACACAGGAUGCAGAUGAUCCAGAAACUACAACAGCAGCAGCAACAACAGGCGAUGAUGCAAGGCCAGCAACCCAUGCCACAUCCAGGUGUCCAAUCAGGUAUGUUGCCACAGCCAAGCGUCAUGGGUAACUCUCUGAUUAGUCAACAACAACCAAACCUCCAACAGGGAAUUAUGCCCAACCAGGCCAUGGUGCCCCAGGGUAUGGUACCAGGGCAGGCUGUGGCCCAGCCAGCUCAGACCCUGAUGGGAGGGCAGCCUAUGAACCAGCCUCCAGGCAUGAUGGUUGCUCAGCCAGGCAUGAUGGGGGCCCAGCCAGGCAUACAGCAGCAACAGAGGCCUCAGGUCCUAAUGGGCCAGCAGGGAGUAGUGGGACCCCCUCAGCACCAUGGACUCAGAGGACCCGGCCAGGCCCAGCUCACACCUCAACAACAACAAAUCCUGGCCCAGCGCAUGUUGGCGCAACAGAAGCUACAGCAGCAGCAAGUGGCACAACAACAGCUCAGGCAACCACCACCACAGGGCUUCAUCAGCCAACCCAACCAGUCUCACGACUCCCAGGGAGGACUCUCUCAACCUGCUACCCCAGGUCAGAUGGGAUCUUCUCCCGCUUCAGCAGGGGGGAGCACACGGGUCACCCCGCAACCAACUGAGGGGCUGCAGCAGGGGGAGAGUGGAAUCCUUAGUCCUAGCUCCAGGACACCUCCACAGCAGGGUGGACCUGGACCUUUAACCCCUGGCCAGAUGACUCAACCAGGGGCUUCUGGAGAGCAACAGGCGGUAGUGGGACAACAACAACAGCAGCAAUACAUGGCCCAGCAGCAGCAACAGGCACCACAACAACCUCCUCAAAAUGCUCAAGCUGGACAUCAACAGCAAGCAGGUUACCAACAGGCUGGCAUGCACCCCCAAAUACAACAGCAGCAAUCACAGCAGCAACAGCAGCUUCAACAGCAACUCUCUCUACAGCGACAGAGUUCCCUCAAUGCUGAUCCCUCAAAGUCUGGUUUGGUUACUGUCAAGCAGGAAGGACAGCAGAUGUGUUACAUGGCCCAACAACAACAGCAACAGCAACAACAACAACAGAAUCUUAUGCAGCAAGCCCAAGACCCCAUUAGACAACAACAUGACAAUAUGGGCCAGAUGCAAAAUGUGAUGGGUCAACAGAACCACCCUGGUCAGCCUCAGCCCGUCCCUGGUAUGCCAGGCCACCCUAGUCCCCAGCAACAGGCCCUCAUGGCCCAGCAGCAGAAGCAGCAGGCCAUGAUGGGCAUGCUUAGAGCCCAGCAGCAGGGCAUGAUGCCUGGCCAGAGGCCUGGGGGUCCACCUGGUCAGAUACGCACCCCAGUCAACAUCCAGACUAUCAUAGCCCAGAACCCCCAGCUCCGACACCUCACCCCCAACCAGCAGAUACAGCACAUCCAGGCCAUGAUCCAACAGCGCCAGCUCCAACAGCAGCAGCAGCAGCAGCAGCAGCAACAACAACAGGGCCAGAUGCUGAGGCUCCAGGUGGGUCAAGGACAGCCAGGCCAGAUGAGGCCCCAGGGGCCACUAGGACCGGGGCAGCAGGUGGGACAGGUCCAGAGGAUGCCUGGCGGUCUGGAAGCCCAGCAGCAGCAGAUGCACUAUGGAGGAACUCUUGGGAAACCAGGUGGAGUGGGCUCCCCGCAACAACCAGGAAUGAUGGGCCCCGGCCAACCGCCGGGCGUGGUGACUCCUCAGAUGCAGCAGCAAGGGAUCACAGGACCAGUAGUCCAACAGCAGCAGCCAGGAGCCUCGCCUCAGUACGCACUGAGUGUCCAACAGCAGCAGAUGAUGAUACAGCAACAACAGGCCCAGCAACACCAGAUGAUGAGAGGCCAGGUACCCAUGGCUCGCUCCCCCAUGGGGCAGAUACGUGGUGGGCCCCCCCAGGGCCGCCUCAUAAGGCCCAUGUCUCCCCGCCAACCCUUGGCCAACUCCCCUGGUGACCCACAGCGCCACGCCAUGGCACAGGCGAUGGGAAUGCGUCAACCCAACCAAGUCAUGCAACACCAGCAACAACCACAGAUCCACAUGGCUCAACAACGCUUCCAGGGAUCUCCCUCCCACGCAGGCUCCCCUGGAGGAUCCUCAGUGCAGAAACAGGAAGCAGGCAUGAGCCCAGCUACCCCAGGAACGCCGCACUCCACCCACGUUGCCUCUCCGUCUGUAACUGACGGGGCAGCUGGGAAAGGUAGUCCUUACAGUCAGAUCAAGGCGUCUCCUCUCAGGUCACCUGGAGCAUCCAAGAGUCCCCUGGACUACCCUGGGCUUAAGGUGGGAAGUGGCGACCCAAACCAUAGCCAAGUCCCUCCGAACGGGCCUUCGCCUCAGAAGGGUGAGAGUGGACAGCAGGGCCAGCAGCAUCCACAACAGGGCUCAGAGAGCCAGGGUGGUCCUCAAUCUCCACCAGGCUCCAGAGAGGGUGCUCUGUGUAAAAUGACCCUACAGAACAUCAAACAGGAGCCCAGAGAGGUGACUUGUGAUGGAGAAGGUGGUGGUGGUCCUCACUCCGGGGCCAUCAAGAGGGAGGUGACUGGGGAGCCGGUUGGAGGAUUUGGUAACACUGGUCCUGGACCAGGAGGGGACCCCGGAGCCCACCUCCCCAGGACUGAGACAGGACAACAGCUGCUGCAGAAGCUCCUGAGGACCAAGAACCUGCAGCUGGCAGCUCAGAGGCCAUCUGACGGCAUCCACAAUGAGAUCAACGGACACAUCAACAGCAAGCUGGCCAUGCUGGAGCAGAAACUACAGGGGACUCCACGCAACAUGGAGGAUCUGCAGUCCAUCACAAAGAGGGCUCCUGUUGCCAAGGUAAAGCGCACCAACAAGCCUGGAGAACGAGCACCCCAGUCCCGUAAGAAGAAGAAAGAGGAGGUUGGGAAGAGCACUGAAGCCCUGAUGAAACAACUGAAACAGGGCCUUUCUCUCCUUCCCCUGAUGGAGCCCUCCAUCACUGCCAGUCUGGACCUAUUCGCCCCCUUCGGCAGCAGCCCAGCCGACGGCAAGGCCCAGCUCAAGGGCUCCUUUGGAAAUGCAGUACUGGACAACAUCCCGGACUACUACUCUCAGCUUCUCACCAAGAGUAACCUCAGUAAUCCACCAACACCCCCGUCCUCCCUGCCCCCCACACCACCCCCCUCGGUACAGCACAAGAUGCUCAAUGGGACGACUGCUGUGGAGGAGCUGACUGAGGUACAGAAGGAGACCGAGACCACAGAGGACACUAUGGAUUCUGUCACUGAGGAGGUGAAGAGUAUGGAUAUACUUGCAGCGCUCCCCACCCCUCCUCACAACCAGAACGAGGACAUCAGGAUGGAGAGUGACGAGGACAGCGACGCUCCAGACAGUAUCGUCCCAGCGUCCUCUCCUGAGAGUGACCUAGGCGACGAGGCGCCACGCUUCCCUCGCCUCCGAGAACCCAAAGAGGAGGAGACGGAGAGAACCAUAUCCCCUAUCAUACCACUCAUCCCCCGCACUGCCAUCCCAGUGUUUCCAGAGAACAAGCUGUUUGAAGCAGCGGCCGACAAGUUGGCGUCUACAACCAACCCCUGGGACAAAGCCAAGAGCAACGAGGUGGCUGUGACCUUCACACUGACCUCCGCUGCAGCCAAGAAUCUGAACCAUGUAAUGGUGGCUGUGGCUCAGCUCCUCCACAUGCGGAUGCCUGGUUCCUAUGAGGUGGCUUUCUCUCCCAGCCCGAGCAGAGCAGGAGCCUCAGGACCAGGGAAAAGCCCCGAACAACCAGGUACUGGACCGACAGGUGCUCUGUGUGUGAAGGCUGGUGGUACAGAUGGUAGUUCAGCCAGCCAGGACGCAGAGUGGCUCAGACAGUUUGAUGUUUCUCUGCCAGGCUGCACUCUGAAGAAACAGGUGGACAUCCUCUCACUCAUCAAACAGGAGUUCCCCGAACAGGAGGACAAACCGGUUCAGCACUGUUACACAACCAACGUGUCUGACCUGGAUGUCCGCCAUCUCCCCGUCAUCCCUGUCCAGGAUUCCCCACCCUCCUCUCCCUCUCCUCCUCCUGCUCCUCCUCCUCCUAGUGAACCUGAGCCUCCCACACAGCCAGCCUCCCCCUCCCAGCCAGCCUCCCCCUCUCAGCUAGCCUUUCCCUCUCAGCUAGCCUUUCCCUUUCAAGUUCCCUCCAGCCCUGCUCAGACCACCGUUCAGGUCAAAACGGAGCCUGCCACUGUUCAGAUCAAAACAGAAACUGAGGCUGAGGAGGCCAUCCUUCCCCCUCCUGACCCUGUCCUUGUCCCCGACUCUGACCCUGGUGCUGACACUAAGGCUCCUGUUCUUGACUCUGCUGAUGCUGAGGCUCCUGCUGCUCAGGCGGACUAUGAUGCCACGACGGCUGACCAGCCAGCCCCCCAUCCCCAGGACACCCCCACCUCCCCCAAGGUGAAGCACCGCAGCAGGCCCCUCUCCCCCGACCCUGAGGAGAUGGUGGUCCGGCCCAAGGUGAAGAAGUGGAAGGGCCUCCGCUGGAAGCGUCUCCAGAUCGUCAUCACCAUCCGUAAAGGAGGUUCCAAGAAGGAGAGCAGCCGCGGGGUCUCAGAGCUCAUGGAGCGUCUCCGCAUCACCCUGAGACCUGACAAGCUGCCCCGGGACAAACGCAAGUGCUGCUUCUGCCACGAGGAGGGCGACGGCGCCACGGACGGCCCCGCCAGGCUCCUCAACAUCGACGUGGACCUGUGGGUUCAUCUCAACUGCGCCCUGUGGAGCACGGAGGUGUACGAGACGCAGGGAGGCGCGCUGAUGAACGUCGAAAUGGCGUUGAGGCGCGGGCUCCGCACCCGCUGUGCCUGCUGCCAGAAGACGGGCGCCACCAACAGCUGCAACCGCCUGCGCUGCCCCAACGUCUACCACUUCGCCUGCGGCAUCCAGGCCCGCUGCAUGUUCUUCAGGGACAAGACCAUGCUGUGCACCCAACACAAACUGAAAGGGCCCAGCGAGGAGGAGCUGACGGGCUUCUCCGUGUUCCGCCGGGUCUACAUCGAGAGAGACGAGGUCAAGCAGAUCGCCAGCAUCUUACAACGCGGCGACCGCAUCCACCUGUUCCGCGUAGGCGGCCUCAUCUUCCACGCCGUGGGCCAGCUGCUGCCGUCUCAGAUGCAAGCCUUCCACUCCCCGACCGCCAUCUUCCCCGUGGGCUACGAGGCUACCAGGAUCUACUGGAGCACGCGGGUGCCUAACCGCCGGUGUCGGUAUCGUUGUCGUAUCAGCGAGACGGAGGGAAGGCCGCUGUUCGAGGUACGGGUGCUGGAGCAUGGACAGGAGGACCUGCACUACCGCGACACCAGCCCAGAAGGUAUCUGGGACAGAGUGGUUAAGUCUGUAGCUAAGCUGAGAGAAGAGUCUGCCAUGCUGAAGCUUUUCACUGACCAUGUGAAGGGAGAGGACAUGUACGGCCUCACGGUCCACGCCGUUCUGCGCAUCACUGAGUCGUUGCCUGGAGUGGAGAGCUGCCAGGACUAUGUGUUCCGAUACGGUCGCCACCCUCUGAUGGAGCUGCCGCUCAUGAUCAACCCCACCGGCUGCGCCCGCUCCGAGCCCAAGAUCCUCACACACUGCAAGAGUUCUGUGUCUCUCUCUCUUAGGCCUCACACCCUGAACAGUACGUCCAUGUCCAAGGCCUACCAGAGCACCUUCACCGGUGAGAUCAACACCCCCUACAGCAAGCAGUUUGUCCACUCCAAGUCCUCCCAGUACCGGCGCCUGAAGACCGAGUGGAAGAACAACGUCUACCUGGCCCGGUCCCAGAUCCAGGGCCUGGGGCUAUACGCUGCCAAGGACCUGGACAAACACACCAUGGUCAUCGAGUAUAUAGGAACCAUCAUCCGCAACGAGGUGGCCAACCGCCGCGAGAAGAUCUACGAGGAACAGAACCGUGGGAUCUACAUGUUCCGCACCAACAACGAGCAUGUGAUCGAUGCCACUCUGACUGGCGGCCCAGCUCGCUAUGUCAACCACUCCUGUGCCCCCAACUGUGUUGCCGAGGUGGUGACGUUUGACAAAGAGGACAAGAUCAUCAUUAUCUCCAGUCGCCGGAUCCCCAAGGGAGAAGAGCUGACGUACGACUAUCAGUUUGACUUUGAGGACGAUCAGCACAAGAUCCCUUGCCACUGCGGAGCCUGGAAUUGCCGAAAGUGGAUGAACUAAACGAACAGGGAAAAAUAGAGAGGAGGAGAGAGAGAGGGGGGAGUCCCUUCUUUCUCCUGGGUGCCAGAACAGAACACUCCUGCUGCGCCAAAGCCUAUAGUCUUUAGAACUACUUACCCAGUUCAUAAGCUGACGAACGAGGAGGGAAAUCUAACCUCCAAAUCAAUAAGACGAAGACGUUUGCAUUCACACCUGUAGCCAAAGGUUUGAAGAGCAUUACUGAUUCUAAACGCAAACAAACCCACCUCUAUUGACAUCCAGCCGAAUGGUGGGACAAUCUCUUUGUGGAUGAACUGUGUCCUCUGCCAAAAGCAACUCUUUCCUCUACCUACCUACCGCCCCCCCUUCAAUAACUAUGGCUGGAAUACAAUCCUCUAAACCUACCAAAUGUUCUGAUUCUAUGUGAUAUCAAUACUCUCUUAGGACAGAUCUCACCUAGAGCUUUGAAGAAAGAAGCCAUUUUAAGUACUAAGAACAAACGAAUGCAUUUUUUUUUUAGGGUCUUACCUAUCCUAUUCUUCUCCCCCCGCACUCCCCCUCUUCCUAACCUAACCCUUAAGGAAAAGACACUCUCCCGUUGUCAUUGGUGGAGAUUGACUCCCCAACGUGGAUAUUAUUGGCUAGCUAGACAAUCCUGAAGACAGUGGCUCUGAGUCUGUAUAGAAGAACUAUGUAUCGCUGAUGGAGACGGGAGUAGAAAGAUGUCUGAUACAAUAAAAGUUGACCUCUAGAGGCACCAGACAAAGGUUUUACUGGCCUGACUGACUCAAGGAGUUUAUAAAAGGUGGGUUAGUUGGACCCCCAGUCUACCUCAUUGAUCUAGUGGGAGUGACUGCUUACUUUGUGUAAAAACUGCUACUGUGGAAAAGGGGGAAGAAAGGGGUCGGUGGGAAUGUUUUCAUUAGGCUAAUAAUAUAGCCUUCUCGGACAAGCAGGGAAACUUAAAACUAGCAGCCGGUUUGCUCUAUUCUAUGCUGAUUUUACAAUAAUGAGCCAACAAUAUUACUCCUCAUUAAUUAUCUAUACAGACGGAAUAAAUUAUAUGAUCGUUUUUUUUUUAAAGAUAUCCCAUUAAGAUCAAUCACAAGCUUAACAGGUAUCACGAGAUGACUCCUGAUCAUCCUGGAUUUCAUGUUGCCCUUCUCUGCAUAUUUAUAACACAUUUAGAUAUCAUGCUUUUUAGUUGACUGAAUGCACAGUAACAUCUAACCUUGCGUUCUGGAGGACCGAGCGAGGGAUUGGUGCGUCAAUGCGUAAAGCGAAGCGCUAAUUUAAUAAGUCGUCUUUGGCAAGACGAUCAAGUUCAACUAAUGAGUGCGAGAAGUAACGUACGCUUGCUGCUUUAUUCCUUCUGGUCACACGUUAAGCAGAAAGCUUGCGGGUAAUAAUGCAAGACUACUAUCCCGUUUGUGUUCCACCUUUUAGUCCUUGAAAUCCCAUCUGCAUUUUUUUAUAUUUUAUUUUCUCGAAUGACGUCAACCAUGAAUCUAGCAUCUUCCUCUAUAUCAUGUAGUGGACUGUUGUAAACUUUUUUACUGUAGUGAGUCUUUCUCUGCCUGGCCCUGCCUGUCUAACCACACCACAGCUAGGUGUGUUUCUAAAGAUCCCUGUGUUGUGGUUUUCUAGUGGUAGUACGGUCUUUUCUAUACUAGAGUCUUUAAUCAAGGGCAGGGGAAGACUUGUCAAAAACAAACAAAAAAAAAAAAGGGCAUUUUUCUUUUUUUAAAUGAAAUUAAUAACAAAGUAGAUCUUCAAAGGGGAGAGUUCUGAAGUCUCCAUGGUGAUGUCCCCUCUACCCUGACCUAAAACCUCACGUAAGAAAAAUGCAAAAGUGUACAAACUGUAUAUAUAUUCUAUUGGGGGGCAACAAACUCUUUAUCCAACCCCUUUUUAAUCAAUAAAAAUCUAAAAUUGUAGAGAAAUAAAAUUGAUGAAAGAAAUCAACCACUGGAUAUCAUUUUAUCAAAGAUUAUGCUGUGUGUAUAUAUAUAAAUAUAUGUAAAAUGGAGUGUUUUUGCAUUUACCUGUUUUUCUAUUAGCAUUUUUUGCUAUAAGCUUUCAGACAGUUUGUUAAAAUAGGUAUGUGAAGAUGUCAGGUCUUCAAUGACUUGGAUGAGAAGCCAAGAGUGAAAGAAAGUUGUCAAGAUUAUUACAACAAUGAGAAAUCACUUGAAGGGUGCAUAGCAUUUGUGUAUUUAUGUCAAAUUGUUCAUGUAUUUGUUCAUUUACUUUUAAUUUAUGCUACUAGUCAAUUUUACCAAAACCUCUCUCCCUUGAUUGGUCACAAUUUGAUCAUUAGUAUACGGAAAAUCUUUAACUUCUCCCUGGCUAGGAUAUUAGUUAAAUAUGAUUGGUGUGUCAUCUUCCCUAUAGAAGUGAAUGUGUUGGUAUACCUUGUGAAAACAGGCUACUCGGUCUGAUGUAUGUUAUGACUAAAUAUUCAAAGUUAACCCAGUACUUACCUGAGAAUAAAUUGCACUCAAUAGUACUUCUCUAAAAGUGGUAGAUAUUGGUAAAGUAUGAGUCAGUGAUAUAUUUUUCUUGUCCUGUUUAUUUGAAGGGAAGACCAUUAGACAUUUUGCCGCUCACUGGAUUUUAGCCUAAGUAACUUCUUCCUACCUUCUAUCAUGUUUGAAUAUCUAAUUUAAGUUUUCUGCAUAUCUUAAAAUAAAGAGCUUGCUGAAAGUUGAACUUUUUUUACCUAACUUUUUAAAAAUGUUUUACAUCUGUACAGCUGAGCUACUUUAAGGGAAUAUGAAUAAUUUUUAUUGUAUGUGGCAUGUUUUGUAUGGAUAUAAUUUUGAAUUGUACAUAGAACGACAGAGGUUUUCUAUACAGCCCCCCCCCUUCCCCCAUCCAUUUGUCUCUGCUUUUAUUUCUUUUAAAGAAAAAUAAAAUGCAUUUUUAAAUAUAA